AAAGAUAAUAUAAAAUAAAAGCUCAUAAUAGUAAACAUUUAAACACGAAUUCAAACGUACGUUCCACCGCAAUCCUCUCUGGUCUUUCAAAAAUAUCUCAAAAACAAAAAAGUUCCUCAUCUCUGGUUUCUCGUUCGAUUGUGUGUUUGUGCGGAUGGCUCGUCGGUGUUCGCACUGUAGCAGCAAUGGGCACAACUCUCGCACGUGUCCUACGCGUGGGACUGGCAUGUGGGGUGGAGGAUCAUCUUCAUCAGCCGUGAAGCUAUUCGGCGUGAGGUUAACGGAUGGGUCCAUUAUAAAAAAGAGUGCGAGUAUGUGUAAUCUCUCCGCAUUGGCCGUGCACCACCGUUUAUCUCCGUCCAACGACUCGCCGUUGUCGGAUCACGCGCGGUACUCGAAUCAAGAUAGCGAAGGUUACUUAUCAGAUGAUCCAGCUCGUGGUUCCGGGCCUAUCCACUGUCGUGUGGAGAGGAAGAGAGGUGUUCCUUGGAGCGAGGAGGAGCACAGGCUGUUCUUAGUGGGUCUUCAGAAGCUAGGUAAAGGAGAUUGGCGUGGUAUUUCAAGAAACUAUGUAAUUUCAAGAACUCCUACACAAGUUGCUAGUCAUGCUCAAAAGUAUUUCAUCCGCCAUCAUACUUGUUCGGCUACCCGCAGGAAAAAACGUUCUAGCCUCUUCGACAUGGUUAGUUGGCAUCAUCUCUUAGUGAUAUUAAGUGCUGCCCCUGAGAUCUAUGGACAUGAAACAAUUACGGUAUAAAAGCUGGAUCAAGUUGCAUUUAUAUGUUGUAGAUAGUUUGGGGGCCGGAUGACCCAUAGUCCCAUACAUUCAGCAUCACGUCAUAUUUUUACAUAAGAUAACUACACGUUAUAAUACUCCUCUUUUUAAUGUCGCGUCAUGUUUUUUUAUUAUUUAGAGAUUCGACAAUAACAAAUGUUACAAAUCAAAUAUCAAA